AUGGCGUCCUCGAAUAUGUCAUUCACAUCGGCGGUCGUCGUCCACCCGUCACUUGGUACUCUUCGUCGCCAAUGGGAAUUGAAUGACGGCGGCUCGACUAGUAAUGAGGAGCUACAUCACCUUAGAUUUAUAAGCAACCAACAAAAGAAGCAAAUCCAUGAACUAAUCCGUGAAAAAAUGGCGCUAAAGGAGCAGACGAUGUUGCUGCAGCAACGAAACAUGGAGAACAGUUCUGAUUCGCGGGUUGCUGUUGUGUCUCAAAAUCGAUUCCUCAAUUCCGAGAUUAUUCGACUGAAUAGACAGUGUUGCGAAAUGCAGGAAGCAGUUAGACGUCUAAAAGAGGAACUGCGAGAAGCUCGGGAUGCGAUUGACCGCUCACGAAGAGAGUACGUUUUUGCUCUACAGUCUGCCAUAAGAAUACCUCUGCAUGAUAACAAUGCGCUUGAUGUGAUGCACGUCAAACUUCUUGGUGGAGACAUGGUGUCGCAACUCCAGCAAGUACUACGUGCGUUUUGCCUCCAUAAUGCAACUCUAGGAUAUUGUCAGGGAAUGAACUUCUUGGCGUCGACCGCCCUGUUAUUCGUUGGGCCUGAGGAUACAUUCUGGUUUCUCGUUGCUAUGACAGAACACUUUCAUGACAAGAGUUACUUCGACGACAAUCUCGCUGGCGCACAAGCUGACCAGGAGGUUUUAAAAGAGCUGCUGGAAGUUAAGUUUCCGCUCAUAUCGGCUCACCUAAAUUCACUAGAUAUUGACCUUGCUACGAUUACUUUGAACUGGUUUCUAGCCCUUUUUUUCGACGCUGUUCCGUUUAAUACGCUUCUUCGAAUCUGGGACUGCUUUCUCCUUGAAGGACCAAAAGUUUUAUUCCGGUUUUCCUUAGCACUGCUCGGUAAGUCGAGUUUCAAGGGCGUCAAUAGUGGCAAAAUGCACAAUAAAACAGUGAAAGCGGUCGCAAAAUAUGGUCAACAUUUCGAGUUCUUGAAGAGAUGUGAGAGUCGUCUCAUCUGCAGCCGUAAGUUCAUCGAAUGUCAUAUUCAAGGACAACAUCAAGACGAGAUUCUUGCGCGCAGUGACACUAUUGGAAUAAUGAAAGUUAUCAAGGCAGCCGUGCGCCUUAGCUAUGAUGUGGAUGGACUCUUCAAGGUUUGUCCAUUCUUAUUUGCGUGCUUGAUUUAUCGAAAGGAAGUAGAGUACGUUCUUCUGUCAUAUACGUUCUGCUCUCCUAUUCAACCAAUUGUUGAAGACUUUUUUAUUUUCUUUUAG